UUUGCUCUCACUGCUUCUACUAUUAAUGUUACUUUCCCUAUUUAUACACAGAGAAGAUGGUGCUAGAUCUUCUGGGACGCUCUUCUCUCCUCCUAUUGCUGGUACUAUGGGGUCCAGUGCAUCUACUUUGUGCUUGGCCUAAGAAUUUCACCAGGGCUCAAUGGUUUGAAGUCCAACAUAUACAGCUAAGUCCUCUCCAAUGCAACAGGGCAAUGAGUGGUGUCAACAAAUAUACUCAGCACUGUAAGCCUGAAAACACCUUUCUGCAUGACUCCUUUGAGGAUGUGGCUGCUACCUGUGACUUGCCUAAUACCAUCUGCAAGAAUGGCCGGAACAACUGUCACCGAAGCCCAAAGCCUAUUAACAUGACUCAAUGCAGCCUCACUGCAGGAAGGUAUCCUGACUGCCGCUACAAAGAUGCUAACAUAUUCAAGUUCUUCAUUGUUGCCUGUGACCCCCCUGAGAAGGGAGACCCUCCCUAUCGGUUGGUUCCUGUACACUUAGAUAAGAUCGUUUAA